GAAUAAUUCUCUUGUUUACCCAAAAGAAAAAAAAGAAAAAGAAAAAACAAAAAUUUAGACCGUGUGUUCUUCUUCUCUGAUUUCUGUUUAACUUUCGUCUUAAAGUCUUCCUUUGUGUAUACCGUCUUCUUCUCUCUAACGCUUCAAAAAUGGAAAUUAGGGUUUUUUGUGUGUUGGCUCUUCUCCUCUUUUCUUCAUCGUUCCUUCAAGUUGCUAGAAGUCAGUCUGACCCUGCAGUAGAAGUGGUUGAGGGUACUGAGGAAGCAGGGGAUCUUGGAAUUGUUGGCGAUGAUGUUCAAGACUUUAGCAGUGAGAGUUAUACUCCUGCAGCUGGGGUUGAAACAAUUUGUGUUUUCCCUAAAAACCCUUCGAAAGUAGUGGCAGCUGGUGAGGAGAGUGAACUGUUAGUUGGCAUGAAAAAUGAUGGUAGGGAAUCACAUCUGAAUAUCAUUGCUAUCCAAGCCAGUGUUCACCUUCCUUUUGAUCACCGCUAUUUGGUUCAAAAUCUUUCUGUACAGGCUUUUAACAACGCAACAGUUCCUCCUUCAGCUCAGGCUACUUUUCCAUAUAUAUUUGCUGUCAGCAAAUUUAUGCAGCCUGGAAGUUUUGAUCUUGUUGGCACAAUUGUUUACGAGAUAGAUCAGAAUGCUUACCAAAAUGUGUUCUACAAUGGAACUAUUGAAGUGACUGAACCUGGUGGUCUUCUCAGUGUUGAGUCAGUUUUCUUGUUUUGUCUUGCUGUAGCCCUCCUUGGUCUUCUUGGGUUCUGGAUCCGUGGUCAGAUACAAAAUCUCUCAAAGAAAACUAAGAGAGCACCAAAGGCAAAGGUUGAAGUUGGAACUGCAACAACUGAUGCAUCCACAGACGAAUGGUUGCAGGGAACUGCAUAUUCUCAGUCGCAGGCCAACAAGUUGAAGAAGAAGAAGUGAAUGCGUUGAAGCUACUAGCUUAGCUGUAUGAAGCAGUAUGAUAAGUCUACAAUCCUGAGUUCGGCUUGGAUUUUACGUGAUCUCCUAGACGUGAGGUUUUAAAUUAGAAUUGUUAGACCUGCUUCACUGUUGUAGCAUGAAGUAUAACUUAUUAUCCUCCAAUUUUUACUACCAAUGAACUAACUGGGUAUCAAGGAUGCAAAGAAACAGUUUUGUCAAAUUCACUCUCAUUUAUCUU